AUGUCGUCCAUCUCCAUCAUGUUCGUGCCUGCGCAGUUUGUCGAGGAUUCGGAGAAGCGGAGUGAAGCGGAGAGCACGGCAGCACAUGACAGCGACGUCGACACCGUCGAGGACUCCAGCUCCUCUCAGGUCCCUUCGCCUCGAGCAGAGACUUGCGAGGAAGAAGGCGAAUGCAGCGUGGUCGUGAGGGGUACGUUUAUCGAGUUGAGUGAUGGCAGCCUUGUGCAGCAUUACAGGCGCCUGCGUCGAUUCCAGACCGACUCUGUCUUGGUAGAGGUCUCUCCAGAAGAGGCGUACGAGCCUGGACAGUUGAGCGAUGCCAAGCUGCAGGAAAGGCGGAGCAAUUGCACUCGCGAAGCUGAGAGGCACACGGUGGCAGACAAGGGCUCGCUCCACGUGGCACCCUCGGCACAGGAGGUGGCAGAGGUCCCAACACGAACUACAGUCAUGCUGCGGAACAUUCCUAACAACUACACCCGGGAAAUGUUCCUGGAGUUGUUGGACCAUCACGGCUUCGCCGGGCGCUACGACUUCGCCUACCUGCCUUGUGACUUCUACCGGGACGCCAACCUUGGCUACGCCUUCGUGAACCUGGUGGACAGCAAGGCAGUGGAGGAUCUCUGGGUAGCCUUUGACGGCUUCGUGGGAUGGUCUUUGCCCACGUCUAAGGUCUGCCAGGUUCGGUGGAGCGGCCCCCAUCAGGGCUUUGAGGCGCAUGUGGAGCGCUUCCGGAACAGCCCGGUCAUGCACAGGAGUGUGCCGGAUCAGUACAAGCCGGUCAUUUUCAAAGAUGGCGUGUGUAAGCCGUUCCCGCGAGCCACGAAGAAGGUCAAAGCACCAACUCAGCACUAUCUGCUUCGUAAAGUUGUCCUGCAACAGAAGGUGGAAAAGGGCCUGAGCAGUGUUGGCUUUAAGGUUGAACAGGUGGCAAGCACAAAUCCGAAAAGUAAGAAGGAGAGGUCAUAG